UUCUGGCUCUCACAGACCUUUAACUUCUUCUGUAAGAGACUCUUCUGUCCUCUACUUGCUACCUGUGUUAAUGGCACCUGUUUGAAUGUCAAUUCAAUUCAAUUUUAUUUAUAUAGCGCCAAAUCACAACAGCAGCUGUCUCAACGUGCUUUAUAAUGUACAGUAGAUCGUACAAUAAUAGAAACAGAGAAAAACCCAACAAUCAUAUCACCCUUUGAGCAAGCACGUUGGGGAACUUGUAAUCAGUCCAGCUAUCCACAACCUCAAACAGUGACACUCCAAACUCCACUAUGGCCAAGACCAAAGAGCUGUUAAAGGACACCAGAAAGAAAAUUGUAGACGUUCACCAGGCAGGGAAGACUGAAUCUGCAAUAGGUAAGCAGCUUGAUGUGAGGAAAUCAAAUGUGGGAGCAAUUAUUCGAAAAUGGAAGACAUACAAGAUCUUCUUGUCACGUUCAGGUCACAUCUGACAGAUUUACAAUAAAAACAAUCAUAAAUAUUGUGUUUUACAUCUGCCUCAAGGCCUAAUGAUAUCCUCCACAGCAUGAACUUAAACAUAUGAAAGUGAUGAUCACCUCUUUCGUUGAACUUUGAGUGUUUUAAUCAAUCAUGUUACAUCUGUGGUGUUCCCGGUCAAAAGUGACCCCCAUAGGAAAUGAAUGGGAAUCCCCCCACUCACUGACUGAACGACCCACUGAAUGACACCCAGUGAACGAUCCACUGAACUACACCCACUGAAUGGCCCACUGAAUGACCUACUGAACAACACCCAUUGAACGACCCCAGUGAAAGGCCCACUGAACAAUCCACUGAACGACCCCCCCUGAAUGAACAAACACUGGUAAAAAUCUCUUUAUGUGCCUAUCCUCCACGUGAACCACACCUUCCAGACUAAUCAGUGUAUCAUCUUCUCACAGACCCCAUAUAUAUAGCUUGAUGUUUGCCUUGCACUCAUUUUACUCCGAGCACAAUGAGUAGGCGACUGACCAAGCAGUUCUCUGUCAAAGAGGUUCUGGUCCAGGUUUCUGGAUAUAAAGAUGGCACUGAAAUUAAACAGGAGAUAGACGAGGAUGUCUCGGAAGUGGAAGACAACACAGAUUUUGAUCCAGACUUUGAGGAGACUGACCAGUCAACAGCUGGAGAGGGAGAGGUGCCCGAAGAAAGGGCGCCUGAGGAAACAUUGCAGUCCAAGAGUGGAUACUUGCUCUGGUCUUCAUCCCUCCAGGACAGAGGAGGUAGCCCUGGACCAACACAGUAUGCCAUAUCUCAUGUGGAUGACAUCAAAUCCAGCUUCCAACUCUUUUUACCAGAGUCCAUUGAGGGAAUUAUACUGGAGAUGACAAACCUGGAGGGGAAGCGUGUGUUUGGAGACACCUGGAGAGAAAUCGACCUGGUAGACCUCCAAGCCUACAUAGGUCUGUUGAUUUUAGCAGGAGUAUAUCGCUCAAACGAUGAGGCUACAAAAGGUCUGUGGGAUGCAGAGUCUGGCAGGCCUAUAUUCCAGGCAACCAUGUCCUUGGAACAAUUUCGUGUCCUUUCAAGAAUUAUUCAAUUUGAUAACAGAGAUACACGGCAAAAUGACAAGCUGGCUGCCAUCAGGAACAUUUGGGACAGGUGGGUGGAGCGCCUGCCACUGAUGUACAAUCCAGGCCCUGAGGUGACAGUUGAUGAGUGCCUGGUUCCUUUCAGAGGUCGCUGUCCCUUCAAGGUGUACCUUUCAAGCAAUCCAGGGAAAUGUGGAAUAAAGGUUUGGGUAGCAUGUGAUGCCAGGAGCAGCUAUGCCUGGAAUAUGCAGGUAUACACGGGGAACCCCAGUAGUGGAGGGGCCGAAGAAAACCAGGGCGUUCGUGUUGACAAGACAACCAGUUUCCAACGGCAUAAUACCACAUGUGACAACAAGCCUGAACUUUCCCCUGCACAAGUAUCAACCAGAGGAAGAGAGGCACUCUCAUCAACAUGUGCUUUCACUGACACACACACACGUGUGUUGAAUGUUCCCACGGAGAAUAGAAAUGUCAUCCCGAUGAGUACGCUACACAACGACGCCGCGGUCAGCACCACAGAGGACAGGAAGCCCCUUAUAAUCCAGGACUACAAGAAGAACAAAAGAGGUGUUGACUGCCUUAAGCUUACUGGCACAUACACCUGCAAGCUAAUGACAGCCCGCUGGCCUGUGGCACUGUUCCACAAGAUCCUUGAUGUGUCUGCUUUCAACGCAUAUGUGGUGUGGACAGCCAUCGACCCAACCUGGAAUCAGGGGAAGAGUUUCAAGAGGAGACAUUUCCUAGCAGAGCUGGGGAAAGCUUUGGUGACUCCUCUUAUUCAACGGCGCCAACACAUUCCCCGCACACCAGCCUCUGCCAGUCUGGUGAAGAGUGUGCAAGCCCCAGUCCCAGCCGCUGCCCUGGCUGCUCUCCCCCAACAAAGACACGGGCAGAAAAGGAAGCGCUGCGAGCUCUGUGCCCCGAGAGACAACAAAACAAGCCUGAGAUGCUGCAAAUGUGAUGCCUCUGUUUGCAAGGCCCACUCUCACCUGACUGUCACAUGCCACUCAUGUGCAUGAUACACACACACACAAGGCUUCAUGUUGAGUUUGGUCUUUGGUUUUCCAUGUAUUUUUACAUUGCAUGUUCAUUUUGUAAUACAAUUUUUAGUGCUUAUUUGUGUAUUCACUGCAGUUAUUUAAUGUUGUAGAAUUAUAGGAAUUAUUUUAUGGUUACUGUUCAUAACCA